CACUUGCUUGGCCCAAUUCAACUUCCAGACUUCAUGGAAGGCUUUGUUGGAUCUGGGUUAGAUCCAAAGAUUCAGAAGUUGAAAUUAAGCCUGUCAGAGCUAAACAGUAAGCUGCUUAGUUCAGAUUUUCAUGAUGACAGGCCUGAGGAGGAAAGAUCUCCUUCUCCCCAACCAGUGUACAACAAUCUUGGUAUAAGAAUAAAUACAAGGCAGAUGAGGGUUCGUGAGAAACUAAUAAAACAACGCCAAAAAAUCAUUUCAAAGUUGGUUAAGAAGAAUCCAACCUUCAAAAUUCUUCCUGAUUACAAGCCACCAAAGCUCUUUAAAAAACUAUACAUACCGGUGAAAGAAUAUCCUACAUAUAAUUUUGUUGGCCUUAUAAUUGGCCCAAGGGGAAACACACAAAAGAGAAUGGAGAAGGAAACUGGAGCUAGGAUUCUACUGCGGGGUAAAGGCUCUGUGAAAGCACCACAGAAACCUGAUACCUCUUCUGAUGAUGAAGACUUGCAUGUUUGUAUAGAGGCAGAUAACCAGAAGUCUCUGGAUGCAGCUGUAAGAAUGGUUGAGAAAUUGCUAAUCCCAAUAGAUGAAGGAAUGAAUGGACACAAGCAAGCCCAACUGGUGGAGCUUGCAAAACUGAAAGGAACUUAUAGAAAUGAGAACAUCUGCAGUGUGUGCAAGGAGGAAGGACACAAGCACUAUGCCUGUCCCCUCCGGCAAUCUACUUUUAAAAUGGAGAUCACCUGUGCAAUGUGUGGAAGCUUUUGCCAUCCCACAUCUAGUUGUCCCUUUAUUACAUCACCUCAGGUUGGCACCACUUUGUGCAGUACUGGGCGUGGCAGUGGUUCAGUUCCUAACACAAAAAGGAAACCCAACAAAGAAAUCAAUGAUGCAAGCCUCUAUGUUGGCUAUCUUCCUCAAGCUGUUGAUGACAACCAGUUGAGAGAGCUGUUUUGUUCAUUCGGUAAAAUCACAGAAGUGAAAGUAAUUAAAGAUCGAAGCACAGGUUUCAGUAAAGGCUACGGCUUUGUUACAUUUGAAAGUCCCAUUGAUGCUGCCAUGGCUGUGACACAUAUGAAUGGGCACAAAAUGGAAGGGAAGAUGCUAGCAGUAAGGGUGGCUGGCCGGCCACCACCUGCAGGAUUGUCAAUCAUGAGCCAACUUCCAAUAUACCCUGGACCUGCAGCUAUUUCUGCUAGUGUCCCAAGCCAGACAGCUUGGCCUGGCCCACCUGGAUCGAUGCUGCCUGAAGCUCGAGCUACCUUUCCAAAUAGUGAGGACUUGGGUUUGCCUUCAUCCUCUAUCUCAUUGGGACACGGUAAUCACCUUCCUGCAAGUGAGGCCGUAAAUAUCUUUCCGUCUAUUGUCUCAGGCAACAUGGGUUCAAAACUGUCUACCAGGUUUGAUUCGUUUUAUGGAUAUCCUAACCAAAUCCCAUUCUCAUCCCCUGGAUUGAUGUCACAAUUUCCUGCUGCUCUAGAUUAUCCUCCUGGGUCCCAAUUGCCAUCAUAUUUUGCUACACCAGUACAGAAACCAUCUUCAUACCAUUUCAGUAAGACACCUGAGAGUAUCUGAUGCCCCAUUUCUUUGUCGUUCUCUUGGCUUCCUUGAUGAAAAAUAGAGUUGUGAAACCUCAAUUCUAGAACAAUAAUGUUGUUGCACUUGCAGAAAGUGUAAGAGUGUUGCUUCCAUA